AUGCCAGCACCUACGAGGGUCGCAAACCAGAAGAAGGGAAACCCUACAGACGUGCUGCCGAAGGAUGAUGUUGAAUUGCGUCUUGAAAAAGCGCUGUUCGGAGACGAUGCAGGCUUUCUCGAGUCCCUGAAGAGAACCCAAGCCCAAGAGGAGUGGUCAUUGACAAAGCACCGGGACAAUGACGACGAUCAAUUGACAGACGGCGACCCAGACGGAGAGCUGGGAGAUUUUGCAGACGACUUGUUCUUCCUCGACACUGGUGCGACCCAACUCCCAGCCUCAGUUGCACAUGACCUUGAUCAGACAGAGCAAGAGCAUGUCUCCUCGAGCCGACAGUAUACUUGGUACGACAGCGACGACGACCGGCUCACCAUUUCCCUGGCCUCGAAUACACGCCUGCGCAAGCUGCGGGACACCGAAGACGACGAUGUCGUGAAUGGUAGAGAGUAUAUACAGAGACUACGACGCCAGUACGAGCGACUUCACCCAACGCCCGAAUGGGUCACAUAUGCUAGAAAAAGGAGGAAGCUAUCUCAUUCUGGCGAUCAAGGUGCUGCAUCCGACUCUGAUGCGUCAAUGGAUGAUGAAGACUCUCUUCCUUCGGCGCGGCCGCUCGCCGAACUACUGCGGACAGCUGGGUCUCUAACUCGAACAGUAUCGAAGCCCAGCACGAAAGGAUCGAGAAGGUUGCGACCUGAAGUCAUUGAUAUUCAGCGAUGUAAGGAUGUAGCUGGAUCCGGUCCUUCUUCCAUCGACGCUCUGCAAUUCCAUCCUUACUACCCGCUCUUGCUUGCCGCCGGACCAAGCUCAACCGUCACGCUUUACCACGUUUCUCCUGAACCACCCAAUCCGAACCCCAUCCUGACCUCGCUGCACCUGAAGGGUAGCCCUCUACACACCGCUGCGUUUUGCCGGCCACAAGAGGGACCGAGCGGCGAAGAAGCGAAUGACGGGACUCGUGUCCUUUUCUCUUCCCGCCGCCGGUACUUCCACACCUGGUCCCUGUCCACUGGCGUGGUGUCAAAAAUCACGAGAGCACUCUACGGGCCGACUCGGAAAGAACAGCGGACGAUGGAGUCUAUGAAGCCUUCACCUUGCGGCCGUUACGUGGGACUUGUCGGGUCUUCCAAGAAGGGAGGCGGAAGUAUUAACGUCCUGUUGACAGACAGCAUGCAAUGGGUGUGCAGUUGUCGAAUCGAUUCCAGAGGCGGCGUUGCGGACUUUGCAUGGUGGCGCGAUGGAAAUGGAUUUGCCGUGGUGGGAAAGAACGGCGAGGUCAGCGAGUAUGAUAUCGAGACGAGGAGAGUCGUGAUGAGAUGGACCGAUGAAGGGGCUGUUGGAACAACCGUCAUUUCUCUGGGUGGGGACAACACAGAGCAAUGUCCUGGCCGAAGCCGCUGGGUUGCUAUUGGCUCCUCGAGUGGGGUGGUGAAUCUGUACGAUCGACGCGGGUGGAUGGUCAAGCCAGCUUCACUCGAGGAACAGCAGAAGGACCAGAGACCGAAACCGGCCAGAAUUUUUGACCAGCUGACGACGCCGAUUUCACAUCUCGAAUUCUCCGAAGACGGUCAGAUGCUGGUCAUGUCAUCACGCUGGAAGAAAAAUGCUCUUAGGCUGGUUCAUCUUCCCAGUUGCACGUUGUACAGGAAUUGGCCCACGGAUAAGACGCCUCUGGGCAGGACCAGCUCUGUUGCGCUUUCUCCCGAUGGAGGGUACCUGGCCGUUGGGAAUGAGCAAGGAAAGAUCAGACUGUGGGAGAUUCGAGAAUAG